GACUGCUUGUUGCAGACCUUCGGGGGUUUCACCUUUGUUCUCCAAGACUCCAUUUUGACCGAUUUUCUGCUGAAGCGUACACAACAACUUCUUGCACACUCUUGGACUCUCGAGAGAUGCUUUUUCCAGCAAUUCUUCCCCGGCGAGCGGGUCGGCUUCUCGCACAUGCACAGAGAGAAAAAAGUCUCUGAGCAACGCGCGACUUUCUCGCGUUUUCCUCGGAAGAAGCCACGAACGCUUUAAGGCGUUUUCCGGCUUCGUCCUAGCGUUCAGGCAUCCACCCAGUGAACUCUUUCUGGUGUUACGUCGCCGCUGCUUCCUCACCUGGUCGACGCGAACUUCUCUGUUCCGCGACCGGCGCCGACGGCGGAGGAGACGCGUCUCCCGACUGGCUCUCUUCUUUCCAACUGUGCUUCGUGGUCUGUUCCGCAGACGCUUCGCCGCGAAGAGGCCGUUUCUCCAUGGAGUUUACUUAUUACACGCGUCAACGGCAUCCGGAGACUCAACGCUGCCCAUCGCCGUGAAGCGACCUUGCGUCGACGGCCGCACAGCUCUGCGCAGAGAUAGAAGAAGAGCAAACCUGAGGGGAUCGCGGCACUCACCACUGCUUGCGCGACGGAAGUUCAGCCGCCGUCACCCGCGAAACCAGACGCUCGCCGCCAGCCGCACUGAGGCUGGGGUGUACGUACACCCCCGGCAAGGCCCGCGUCGCUCUCCGGGAACCUGCGGCAGGAUGGAAGAGGCGGCGCAUGCGUCUCCAGAGGUUCUCGACGGCGGUGCAUGGCCUGCUGUCGCUGAACACACAGGCGAGGAGGAAGCGACUUCUGACGACUCUCCGCAGACGCAGAGGAGACCGGAAGCGCAGGACCUCGAGCCGGAGGCCGUCGAAGCGGAGGACGACUUGUUUGGAGAGGGCAGAGACGAAGACCUCUUCGGUGAAGAAGACGACGAACUCGAGGUCUCUCGACAGAAGGCGCGAGACGCCCUCAGUCCGACAGAUCCGACGGCGGACGCCCAGCCAGACGACGCAGCGGCGAAAGGCGAGGAGGCGCUGGCGAGAGAGGAAGAGGCGUUCUCCCGAUUCGACGAGGAAGGAAGACGGCACAGCGACGACGAGGAACCGUGCGAAGACGACCAAGAAAUCCAGCUGCCGAUUCAGGAACUUCCGCCUUCCACUAAGGACGCCAGGCUUGUCGUCCUUCGCCUGCCUCCGACAGUUUCGGUCAAAGUCCGCGGAGCUCCUGCCAAUUCGCGCCCUCACUCCUCCAGUUCCGCCGCCAUCAGUGCGGACGACAAAUUCACCAUCGAAUGGGGUCACCCUGGCGGCAAGAAGGACGGCGAGCAUGAGGCGGCUGAAGACAAAGUCCCUGCGUCCAACUGUAAACUUGUUGAGUGGGGAGACGGCAGCUACUCGCUUUUCGUUGGUCGGCAGAUGUUCGACGUUCAGGUCAAACGCGAUCCGACACUGUUCUUCGAGAACUCGAGUAGUGAAACCAUCAAAACUCUCCACUGUCGGGCAGAGUCGAGGUUCCAAGUUCGCUUGGGAGAACUUUUGAAUUUCCGAGAAUUCUUCACUCAAAGAAACAUGCGCCAUGGAAAGAAACGCCGCGCCGCUCUGACCACUCAAGAGCAGAUCGAACGCGCCGAACAACUGACUCGAAAAACGGUCGAACGGAGACACGAGGCAGCGCGUACACGCCGUCGACAGGCAGACUCGGCGCGCGGUUUAGAGCGAGGCUUGACUCGACAUUUCUUGGAAGCCGACAGCGAAGAAGAACUCGAGGCGAAGCAAGACGAGGAAGAGGAAGACGGGAGCUCUCUGGCGAAGAUAAAGGAACAGUACAAGAGACAGAAGCGCUUCAAGUAGAGACCGGCCGAGGUGUAUUCUUUCUUUUCCGUUUAGGAGUUCCAAAUUGAUGCUCUUCCUUUCCUUUCUUCGUCUCUACCUCUUUCUCCUUUCUCGGCUUGUUUUUCUCUCGUGCUCGUCUUCGUAGCGCAUGUUCUAGCCGGAGGCUGCUUCGCUGGUGGACUGUUCUCAGUUCCUUUUCUUUGUUUUUCCUUCCUGCGUUUCGUCUGCAUGCACCCUUUUUCUUUUCUACGCAAAGCCUGACACUGAGGGCGCGCGGCAGUCUGCUCGGAGGCAGGAGUCAGGAGUCUCCCGGGACUUGUUGGUCCUUGUUUGUGUGCGUGGUCUGUACAUUCGUUUUCUUUUGAAGCACCCCAGUUCCAGCUUUCAACGGAACGUCGCUGGACGACGACGUUCGCCGCGCUCGACUCUCACAGACGUUCGCAGAUGAAGGAGAAGCGAUUCACCACUAUGCGCAGCUUUAACGGGAGGCGUCGAGGAACGCGCAGCAUCUCCACAAGAACGCGUUGACAGGCAUCUACUUGCUUCACGCGAGAGGGAUGCACAGACACGCAGCGGAGUCGAUCCGAGUUACCCAGUCGCAAGUGGACUGGAAGAGUUUCUCUUGAGACGAACUCGCGUAGUCAGGAAGGCUGGAGAACUGAAACUUCAGUGUCCUGUGUGGCAGGAUGCCGAGAAGUUGGCGCCGCGAACUUCGAGUCUUCUGGAGUUUUCCUAAACGCCUCUGAAGGCCGCGCGUAGUUCGUCAAACUGAGCUCAAGGCGCUGCGUUCGCUGGAAGUGCGUGAAGCCCUUUUGAGGCGUCCAGUCUCUGGGCAGGGUGUCGAGGUCACAGAGAGCAUGUGCUCCCUUUCCAGCAUGCAUGCACAGUUUCUGUGAAAGCGACGAUGGCACUUGCGGCGAGAACCUUUUUCGACUUCGGAUUUGAUCUGUCUUUCUGGAGAAACAGCGAGCCGCGCCGAGCAGACUUGCUUUGAUCUGUGCUGCUGUCGCGGUGUCAGGAAGACCAGCGACUAGUCGCGAAGUCGAAAAACGACCGCUGAGGCUCUGCGCUGUCUGGAGGGUCAUCGACAUCCACGCAGCCGCAUUCACGAGUUUACGCGAUGCAGAAAAACACUACUGAGCAACUCGUACGCAACUGGGAGGUUAAGCAGCACAGCAGAUACCUCGCUCCUCGAUCAGAAACCGAAGGGGAUUAGAUGCUUCUCGCAGCAGCUGGAGACGGACUCCGAUCUCAUCAGCCGUCACACAAUUCACCCUGCUAUAGGUAGCUCCGUUUAUUAACGUUCGCA